AUGUUUUGUUUUGCUUUGGCUAUUGUGUUAUUCUUGUUUUGCGCCUCUGCUCACGAAAAAAAUUUUUUCCUUAAUAAAGUCUCCCUAUUUUUUCAGGAAAUGAAAGCAAUGUUGUAUGGUGCAGUAGAACAGGCACCAUCCGCCGAACUUGUUGAACCCGACAUUUUAACUAGAUAUUUUGCAAAAUUUGACGAACAGUUUUUCAGCUUCUCCGAAAAGGAACUAACAAAAAUCAACACAUUUUAUUCCGAAAAAUUGGCUGAAGCUACAAGAAGAUUUGCUAAUUUAAAAAGCGAACUUAGCGAAACACAAGAGGUUGAUUCGGCUGGGAAAAAUAGAAAAAAAUCAAUCAAACAGAACAUUCUACGCAAGAAGAACGUUCCGGCCAGAAAAAUGCAGGAAUUGAAACUAGCGUUUAGCGAAUUUUAUUUAAGUUUAAUUUUAUUGCAGAAUUAUCAAAAUUUAAACUUUACGGGAUUUAGGAAAAUUUUAAAGAAGCAUGACAAACUAUUAUCUGUAGACGUAGGCAUGCGAUGGCGAAUUGAAAAUGUAGAAAACUCACAUUUCUAUACGAAUAAAGAUAUCGAUCGACUGAUAAGAGAAACAGAGGCAACAUUCACGCAAGACUUGGAAUCUGGUGAUCGACAAAGAGCAAUGAAGAGACUGAGAGUUCCACCAUUGGGAGAGCAACAGAGCCCUUGGACCACUUUCAAGGUGGGAUUGUUCUCUGGAGGUUUUAUAGUACUUAUUGCUGCAGUUAUACUAUCAGGAGUGUUUCACUCACCAAAAGAAGACUGGCGUAUAGUUACUCGACUUUAUAGAGGCCCUCUUCUUAUCGUAGAAUUUUUAUUUUUGUGGGGCAUUAAUAUUUAUGGCUGGAGAUCUUCGGGCGUCAAUCAUGUUCUCAUUUUUGAAAUGGACCCCCGAAAUCACUUGUCCGAGCAACACAUUAUAGAAAUGGGGGCAAUUUUUGGAAUAAUGUGGUCAAUUUCAGUGCUCUGUUUCUUUUUCAGUGAGCAAAUCGGUUUGCCAGCAUUCGUGCAUCCUCUAGCUUUAAUUAUCUUGAUGCUGAUGUUCAUGUUGAAUCCCACCAAAACACUCAGACAUGAAGCUAGAUUUUGGGCCCUCCGAGUCCUGGGCAAAGUCGUGAUGAGUCCAUUUUUCUUUGUUUCCUUUGCUGAUUUUUGGCUUGCCGACCAAUUAAACAGCCUGGUCACACUCUUCACGGACCUGCAAUAUUUUGUGUGUUUUUAUGUGAGCAAUGGAAGUUGGUCUGAAGGCAAAGAUCCCAAUUAUUGCAUAGAAAGUUUUAUGGGAGUCCGAGCUCUGAUGGCGUGUCUUCCCCCAUGGUUUCGUUUCGCUCAAUGUUUAAGACGAUACCGAGAUACUAAAGAAGCAUUCCCUCAUAUAGCCAAUGCUGCCAAAUACGCUACGUCCUUUUUUGUUGUGAUAUUUUCUACUUUAAAUAAACUAGACGAAUUCAAUUCUUCAGAUAAAGACAAGGUUUCUCCUUAUUUCUACUUGUGGGUUUGUGCAUCGAUAGUAAGCACCUGCUAUGCGUACACAUGGGAUAUUAAACUGGAUUGGGGUCUUUUCGAUGCCAAAGCUGGCGAUAAUAAAUUCCUGAGGGAAGAGAUCGUGUAUCCGGCCACGUGGUUCUACUAUUUUGCCAUAGUCGAAGACUUGAUUCUGCGGUUCGGAUGGGCUUUCCUAAUUGGAAUGACUGAAAUGGGAUACGUAAUGGAAAACUCCAUGGUCUGCAUUUUAGCUCCAUUAGAAGUUUUCAGGAGAUUUGUUUGGAAUUUUUGCCGCUUAGAAAACGAACACCUCAAUAACUGCGGCAAAUUCCGAGCCGUUCGUGAUAUUUCCGUAGCACCAUUGGACACAUCUGAUCAAAUGUUAAUCGUCCGGAUGAUGGAUGAAGCGGACGGAGUGAUCAACAGGAGAAAGCGAAAAAAUAAGAAAAGAGGAGAGCACAGAAUUAUUUUGGAUCCUGGAGAGUCAACUGACGAUCUCGAGAACUAGUCACAUAGUGUUAUGGCAUGUGGAUUUUAUUUUUGUUAUGUAUUAUUUUUUAAUAAACGUUAACUAGUUGUACGAUCUACAAUUACAAUUUAA